CAGAUAGAGAGACAAAAAGUCUUAUUUGACAUUACAGAUUCUGUAAAUAUUUGUAAACAAAGUUAGAGAAUUCGUGAAAAUUAUGAAUAAUUUAAAUUACCUAAGUUUUAUAUCACUAUAAUGUAGCUAUGUGUAAAUAAGUAUAUAUAUUUUAACAAAUAACCUAUAACACCAUGAACCUAGUACGAGUUAUCCAAUCAUUAAAAGUACCGGUUCACAUUUGUAUAGCUACAAUUCUAAUAAAUCAUAAUCGUCAAUAUUGCCGUGGUGUUCCAUUCUUAAGCCUCUAUAGCACAGUGUUCGGCGCUUUACCAGACAAUAUCUCAUCACAUCUACAAAGAAAGCACCCUAAAAUUAUAAGUCUAAGUGAGGAGAGCUUAAAAUGUACUCUGCAGGUCUUAAGCAAAUUUGCUAUAAGUGCAGAAGAUGCUUGCCUUGAACCACAUAUCUUCUGUAUGAAUCCAAUAUCAAUGGAUAACUAUGGAGAAAUUUUGAAAGAAUGUGACUUUACCAGUAUACUUCCUACACAUAUAAUAAGAUACCACACAUUUGUCAAAUCUAGAACAAUUACACAAUUAAAAAAUAAAGGUCUGUUACGGGAUAAUGUCAAUAUGGAGGAAAAAUUACAUGAACAUUUCCAUGAGUGGCCAAAAGAGUGCCACCAAUAUAAGAAUUUUCAAGACACCAAUACAAAUAUUUUAACUGUACGCAUGAGUGUCUUAGAAAGAUAUUUACAAUGGAAGUUGUGCAUAACAUCAGAUGAAUUUAGAAACUACUGUAAAAAUUAUCUUCCAUUGAAACACAGACCAAUGUGUGAUAUCAAAGAAGCAUUAAAUAUUGCUGAGAAUGAUAUAAAAUUUAGUAAAGAAACUAUAAGGAGUAAUGGCUUCAUCAUAUCAUCAGAUCCUGUGAACACAAAACUUAUAUUGGAUAAUGUUGAUUCACUGGGUGGCAUGGACAUUAGAGACGUUAUCCGAGCUGAACCAGCAAUCCUGAAGAAUAAUUACCAAGCAGUUUUGGAAAUAAAAAAUUUGUUAACGCAAUACAACAUUUCGGAUGAUGCUCAACAACAUUGUCUCAGAGUGUAUUGCAUGCGACCGAAAACUGUUCGAGAACGUCUGGAACAGCUGUCCAACGUGAAGGAAUAUCAAAUUCUAUCAACAAAUCCUCGAGUGCUUUACAUGGUCGUGCACGAACGCAAGAUGAUGAAUCGCCUAAACAAAAUCAGAGCAGCUCAGAAACAGUGCUACAGUCUGAACAAUUUAGUUUCAUCGACAAAGUUAUUUAACACAUAUAUAAACAGUUUUGGUGAAAAAGUUUGCAGCAAAGAUAUUGCCAUAUUAAUAAGCACAUCCCUUCAGGCGCAAGGAAUAACUAAUAAUUUUGUUUUGGACAAACUCAGAAGGCACAAAUACUAUCUUCACGCCGCGUUAAACGUUAUAGGAGAAAAUAUACAUUUGUUAAAGAAACUGUUUGACGACGAUGUAAUAUUUGAAAACUGCCAGAUACUUUUAUAUCCUGUAUUGGAAUUAGAACGUUACGUUAACUUUUUUCUAAAAAUCCGCAAAGGAGAUACAUCAGCGAAAGAAAACAGCAACAUCGAAGUCGAUAGUACCUACAAUAACAUUAACUGUCGAAUACUUACAGACAGAGAGAUAUUAAGUCUGGUGUUAUACGAAAUCGAAAAGAAAUAUCAUUUUAGUGGAGACGGAAUAUGGACCCGCUUCGACGGAGGCAAGAGUGAUACGCCAAGUGUUAGCAAGAAAUUAAAGCAGUUUGUUAUAUGAGUGUCUGGUAAAUACUAGUAAAAUAUAGACUUUCUUGACAAACUUAAUAAAACCAAUUAAAUCCAACUAAA